AUGGCUGACGACGCUUCUCACGGGGCCAGCAGCUCGACUGUGAAACCUGCUGAUGAUCCAGAGUCUACCAUCGAGAUCAACAUCAAGACCCUGGAUUCACAAGUCCACAAACUUCGCGUGGAGAAGAAUGCACCUGUUUCCGUUUUAAAAGAGAAGGUUGUUGAAGCGACUGGGGUUCCAUUGGAUCAGCAGCGCUUGAUAUUUAGAGGAAGAGUCUUGAAGGAUGAUCACCUCCUAUCAGAAUACCAUUUGGAGGAUGGAUAUACAUUGCAUCUAGUCGCUCGGCGUGCAGCAGAGGGCCAGAAUUCUUCUGGGGCUUCUGAAGGAAAUACACAUGCUAAUGUAAACGUUACUGGAAAUGGAGGAUUGUUGGAUGAUAUUUCCAGGAGUGUUCGGGAUCUUCUGGGUUCCUUAGGUGUUGCAAUGUCUGGUGGUGUCACUAACACGGCAUUUUCGGUUCCUUUGACUACCGCGCCAGAAGGACCCAAUAAUGUGCCCGGAAGAGCUCAGCCAAUGAACCCAGCGCAACCAGGAUUCUCAGUUCUAAAUCAUCAAAUACAAGUAACACAACUUCAGCCGCCAGGAGCCAUUCCUCGCAACAUGAUUAUUCCAGAUUCUUUGACAACUCUGUCGGAGUACAUGGAUCGCAUUGACCGAGUAUUACAGAAUAAUGGUGCUCCACCAUCCAGGGAUUCACAAAGCCAGCAACAACUGACAGUGGAUGAUGCUAAUGUCAGCCCGAGAUAUCCAAGUCCUGAUGUUUUGGCUUCAGUUAUUGAGAGAGCCCAACAACUUCUUGGCAGCAGUGCAGCUUCUGCUCUUUCGCACAUUGCACAACGUAUUCGGCAAGAUGGUGGGACUGCGGAUGCAUCUCUUCGCCGUGAGAUCCAAACUGAAUCUGUUCAGCUAGGAAUUUCGAUGCAACAUUUGGGUGCUAUGUUUUUUGAGCUUGGUCGGACGAUGAUGAUGCUCCGCACAGGGCUAUCUCCUUCUGAGGCUUUUGUAAACUCUGGGCCUGCUGUUUAUAUAAACUCCACAGGACCAAACCCAAUCAUGGUUCAGCCAUCUUAUCAAAACACCCCUCCUUUUGGUGUAUCUAAUAUACCAGUUAUGGGUGGAAUUUCUGGUGCUUUUGGUAUUGUUGAUCCUUCUCGAUCAUCUGGUUUCGGUGAUCCUUUUCGACGUAUGAAUGUCCCAAGUAGCGGUGCAUCUGCAACAAGUGGUUCAGCUGCUGGUACUACCACAACUUCUGAAGGAGCUAUCAACGGGAACCGCCAAGAUGCGGCAAGAACUCAAGGAGGUAACACACCGGGUCACCCGGCUGCAACACGUGGAUUGCCAACCAGAACAGUUGUUGCUGCUGUUCCAGCACGGUCCUCAGCCGAGGCUCCAAACCAUGUCUUUAGUGUUAUUCUGCCUGUUCAAGUGAGGGGCCAGGUUGCAGUGCCUAAUCAGUCCUCUCAAGGUUCUCAAACAGCAGUGGGCAAUGGAGCUCAAGGAAAUUCAACAUCUGCUGUUCCACAAGCUUCUGUUGGUGGUGUUUCUGGUGUUCCUCCUAUAGUGGCACAGGUAGCCAAUGCAUUGGCCGCGAAUGCGCCAAGCCAGGUUUCUUUAUCUACACAAACUGCAGCAGAUCAGGGAUUUCACCCGACCAUAGACAGCAGAGCUGAUGUUCUGAGUUCUUCAACACCAGCCACUACACCACAGAAUGAUCCCUCAGGUAUUUGUGGUUCCAGUUUGCCACCUCAAGACAGGAAUACUUUAAAUGUUCCCAGUCUUGACAGUAUACAACAGCAUCCACAAUUGGGAGAUACUUGUGCAGAUACAGCCGACUUACCAGGAGACGCCACAGCCACCAAUACUCAUGAUGUUCCUUCGAACGCAUCAGUAGAAAAUUCUGCGCUGAAGAACAAAUCCUCAGAUGAAGUAGGUUCACAGCCCACUGAGCCUUCUGCAAGUGGCAGUGCUGAACCAUUAGGUCUUGGCGGAGGUCUGAUUCCAAAGAAACGGAGCAGAGCAGUAAAGCCAUCUGGGAGCACAACUGAUCCUGGUAGGGAUUCAUCGUCAGUCAGCCAAAACCAAGAUCCUAUUUCAGUGGCCCAGCAGUUUCUGGAAGGUUUUGCUUCCCGAAAUACUAAUGCUAGCAGAAGCAAUGCCCCCGCCUCUGGUCCUCCAUCCUCUGUGCCACAGCCUACUGAAGUUCCUCCGAGAAGACAGGGUGGUGGACAACCUGAUAUUGGCAGCAUGAUAUCUGGUAUGCUCAACAACCCAGUUUUCAGCAACAUAUUGUCGAAUGUUGCAACACAAGCAGGGGGCUCAAGUGCUGAUUUGAGGAGCGUGAUGGAAGGAUUACAGAGCCCUGCAAUUGUAGAUACGAUAAGCAGUAUUGUGCAGAAUGUGGAUGAACAAGACCUUGGGGCCAUGCUUGGUUCAGGCAGGGGGCAAGGCGGCAUGGAUUUGUCAAGAAUGUUGCAGCAAAUGGUGCCUGUUGUAUCCCAGGCUCUUGGUGGAGCAGGGGGGCGUUCUGCUGGCGCAAAUAGUAGACAAUCUAGGUCAUGGCCUCAGCGCAUUGACAGUGGAGAAGGAAAUGUACCAGCUAGCAGUUCUCAGAUUGAUCUCGGCCUAGCUCGUCAAAGCAUUGAACAACAUGAAUCUCCAGAGAAUAUCUUCAGUUCUGUCCUUGAAACUGCUGCUCAGGCCUAUGGCGAAGAUGACAGCGUUCAAGGAAUGAUCGAAGAGCUUUCCAGUGAUCAAGAGCUUACCGAUGAAUACUUGAAAUUUUUGGUGGACCAAGUUCGGCAGAGGGUACAGUCAGAGUCACAGUCCGGGAGCCAGCCUUGA